UUAUUGAAUCAUUUCCUUGUUUUGACUUAUUGAAAAGUAACCUUUCGGAAAUCUCUUUUUGCAAAUCAUUUUCUAUAUUGUGUUGGCAUUGAAAUUGUGUUAAGAUGAUGAUGAAUCACCCAUUUGGACCAAAUGGACCUUAUUUUCAGCGUCCAUGUCAGCGUGACCGCUUUCCCAGCCUAAUCGAUGAAAUUGGUCCGCUGGCCGAUCCGUUGGUCAAUCGCUUUGGCAUACCCGAAUUUCAGGAAAUGGGUGCCCGCCUAAAGCGAGGAAAAAAAUUAAAAAGUAAAGUUGAGAGAGAUGCUGCCUCAGCUGCCAUCUGGGCCAAUGCAGAGCCAGCUGCAGCUUAUGCCCAUGAUUAUCACUUGGUUAUUCGCCGUGCUAUGGAUCCCUAUUUGCCGCGUUAUGAACCAUUGGACUAUAAUGAUCCGACACAAUUAUCCGCGGCUCGUCGGCUGGCGAAACCAGCUUUAACACCCAGGCAAGAGGGUGAACCCAACUAUACAGGUAGUUGCUAUCACUGCAAAACCAGCGGCAGUAACGAUGACGAUAGUGAUAGGAAAGGACGCGAACUGGCACAAGACAUACUUUUAAAUCCUGAUCUGUUCAAUUCUCACUUGUUGCAUCAUAUUGCACAAAUUCAACUUAAUGAUGGUUAAAUCGACGAAUAAAAUAAUUCAACAUCUGCUUUUAAUUAUUCAACAUAUUCCCAGCCCCAUAAAUCAAUGCCGACAUUCAUUUCCAAUUUUUCUUGUAUCAGUUUUGAAUAUUGUAAAAUAAACUCGGAGCACUUAAACACA